AAAAAAAAAAAAAAAAAAAUAAAAUAAAAUAAAAAAUGGCAACUGUUAGCCCUUAUAGUGCACAAGGUAUUCAAACAAAGGUAAAAGAUAUCCUUGGACGUGUUGACAAUGAGUUAUCCAAGUACAAGUUGGUAAAUGAUUUUGAACGUAAAACGGGCGUUCCUAAAAGCUAUGUUGCUCUUGGUACCGGCGGUAUUGUCUUUUUGAUGAUCUUUUUUAAUUUGGCUGGUCAAUUGUUAACAAGUGCUAUUUCUUGGCUUUAUCCAGCUUAUGCAUCUUUUAAGGCUAUUGAAACUGUAGAUAAAAAUGAUGAUAAGCAAUGGUUAACUUAUUGGACUGUUAUUGGCUUCAUCCAAAUGAUUGAAUACUUUUCUGAUAUUCUUCUUUAUUGGUUCCCUUUCUAUUAUCUUUUUAAGACAUUGUUUGUUCUUUACUUGGCUUUACCUCAAUUCAAAGGGGCUGAAGUUAUUUAUAGUCGUUUCUUACGUCCCUAUCUUCUUAAUGCUCAAGGAGAUAUUGAUCUUCAUGCUAAUAAGCUUAAGGCAAAGCUUAAUGAAUUCUCUUCUACUACUGACAAGACAGAGUAAAUAAUAAAUAUAUAUAUAUAUAUAUAUAUAUACAUGUAUGUAUGUAUGUAUGUAUGUAUAUUAUAUGAUUAUAUACAUGU